AUGGCCUGGCAGUCGCCAUCUGCCAUGGCUGGCAAUGGAGGUGGUCUCGGCGGUGCGCCGAGCGAGGGCGUCCCUGGACAUCCUCACCCACAGGGCACUGAAUACACACUACAGGGGGUUAUGCGAUUCCUUCAGACCGAAUGGCACCGUCACGAGCGAGAUCGCAACGCCUGGGAGAUUGAGCGCGCAGAAAUGAAGUCUCGCAUUGGCCGGCUAGAAGGUGACGUGCGCACGAGUAAGCGAUUGCAGGAGUCGCUGGGAAAGCAUGUCAAGAUGCUCGAAGUUGCCUUGAAGAAAGAGCGCGAGACGGUGCGCAGCCUACGCAACGGCGAGAACAUUGACCAUGUUCGCGACCCCAAGGAAAUUGCAAAGGAAAAUUUAAAUAAACUCCCCAAAUCUCAUGCAAAGUCCGAUACCGCCCUAGAAGUCGAUCUCGACCACGAUGGCCCGACUCAUGCAGACCUACGCCAGGAUACGGAGCGCGACAAGUCUCGCGUGUAUCUGAGCAAAUGCGCCCAGGAAGUUUCCUAUCAUGUUAUCCCGGCAUCCCAUCCACCGGAGCUUACGAAUCAUGACUUGCAACCUGGCCUGUACGGAGAUCAACAGCUUCACCAGCAGAGUCUUGAAGAGGCAUAUCACCAGCAACGACAAAAGCAGCAACAACACCAGCAACACCAGCAACAUCAGCAGCAGCAGCAGCAGAAUAAUGCAAUGGUUCGUGAAGCUGCAAUGCAGAACCACCAACCCAUGCAAUCUGGCUAUCCUGACGCCAACCGAGGACCUGUGUUGACAGACAGGCGUAACAUGGUAGCAUCACAACCGCCGAUUCCAGCUGCCGAGAACCGGGAAAUACCGCCGGAAAGUCCGGGUGACGAAUGUAGUGAGGGAGCCGAGCUGAAUGAUUUUGCACGCGCGGCCAAGGCACUCGAUAUGACCCAACAGGACCGCCCACGGCAGCAGCAAAAGCAGGCAUCUGACGAUGCAUCAUCUUCCACAGAUCCCGAUGGUUGGAAUUUUGAGGAACCGCCAGCCGCGGCUCACGAGCAAGACCCAGAAUCAGCACCCCAUCACCGCCCGGAUACCGAUGCAUUCCCCAAGGCAAACAUGUUGCCUGUGAAAUCACUUUCCGGAGGCUCGCACCGACGCAAGAGUUCUGGAGCCUCUAGACGAAAGAGUUCCGGAGGUGGUGCAGAAAUCCGAGAUGCCACAGCAUCACAACAGCAAAACGCCGACACUAUAUUCAAGGUACGGUUUGCUUUGCGCGGCCACCUCGACGUUGUUCGAUCGGUAAUUUUCACCGGCGGUGGCAGUCCGUCAGAGCCCGAGAUCUGUACCAGCAGCGACGAUGGAACCAUUAAGCGUUGGAUUCUCCCUGCAUCAUAUGGCAGCUUUGGCCCUGGCGCGGGAAGCGACUUGGAUGUCCCAAGUUAUUUCACCCAUCGCGGUCACGUCGGUGCUGUGACUUCACUUGCUGCAUGUCCCGCUUCGCCUAAUUUCUCCAAUGGCGGACGUGUCUUGGGUGAUGGAUGGGUCUUCUCUGGAGGCCAGGAUGCCAGCGUUCGCGUAUGGGAACGUGGCCGAGUAGACCCAAAGGCAACUCUAGACGGCCAUACUGACACGGUCUGGGGGUUGUCUAUCUUGCCCGGGACAGUUGGCUCGGUAUUUGGCGAUCGUUGCAGCAACUACGGCGGGGCCGAACGCAUUUUGCUUGCCUCUGGCGGUGCUGACGGGCGUAUCAUCAUCUGGGCUGUCAGCGCACCUCCUCAAACCACAUCACCUCAGCCAGGCGCACGCCGUGGUGGCGGUCGCCGGGCAAAUUCCAUCUCAUCUGGAUCCAACUUCCCGACCUCACCGCAACCCAGCACCGCUACCGCUACCCCGUUCCACUAUACGAUGGUUCACCAUAUCGUUCGAAACGACUCCCCGGGUGUCACCUGUAUCAGCCCGUUGUCUCCGACUGGCUUGAACUUUGUUGUUUCGUAUACCGACGCGUCGAUUCUGGUUUACGACACUAGGACCGGCGAGGAGGUGGUUGGAAUGGCCAGCUUGGAGACAUAUGAUGGCACGCCAUCGACCGGUGUCAAUUCGGUGGUCACGUCGACCAUCGGGUUUGACGGCACCGCAAACCUGGACCCGAACCGGGCGUUGACCGAAGAGGAAGCAGUUGUUCACGGUGCGACAGGUACCAGCGGUGGUGUUGAGGGCGUUAUAAUCAGUGGCUACGAGGACAGAUACAUUCGAUUCUUUGACGCCAAUAGUGGACAAUGCACGUACACCAUGCUUGCUCACCCAUCCGCAAUUUCCUCCCUAUCCUUAUCUCCUGAUGGACGAGAACUCGUCUCGGCAGGACACGAUGCCAGCCUCCGGUUCUGGUCGCUGGAAAAGCGCAGCUGCACGCAGGAGAUCACCAGCCACCGCCUGAUGCGCGGUGAAGGCGUUUGUUCUGUAGUUUGGAGUCGAGACGGCCGAUGGGUGAUCGGCGGUGGAGGAGACGGAGUUGUCAAAGUAUUUUCCAGAUGA